CAUCUGAUGAGCGAAGCAGUCCGAGCUUACAGGGACAACAAUAGCGGACGCAAAGAAGUCACUGGAUUACUGGAGGAAGUUCCUCGGAAGCGCAAAAACUGACAUUUUUGAGUUGAUGGAGAAAGCCAUCGUCUUGGCGGCGGUGGAUCGCCCGAAUGAGUUUAAGGAGAAGAAAGAUAUGAUUGCAGAGAAGCUCCAGAACCCCAACAAUGGCGAUGAUGAUCCCAGGAAGGAGGAGGAGGAGAAAAAUAGCUAUAAUUGUGAGAAUCCCCAAGAGAUUCAGAUAGAUAAAGAGGUGAUGAGGAUAAAGCAGGUUCUUUGCAGCGGCUCUGGUUCUGAUGAAGUCUUGUAUGAAGCUCUGAAGACUCUGCAACUCAUGGAAAUGUCUGUCGAAACUCUGAAAAGGACUGAAAUUGGAAGAAUGGUGAAUGCUCUGCGCAAACAUAGCUCUGUUCACAUUCGAAACCUCGUUCUGAAUCUCGUUCUUGGCUGGAAACUUUUGGUGGAUCAAUGGUUUGAAUCCACAGCUGAACAAAAAGAAGGUAGCCAUUGUUGUUCUUCUGGAGCGAAGAGAAAGCAGGUGGAGGAAGUUGAACAUAUGUCGAAGUUGGAGAUUGCGAAGAAGAAGCUUCAUGAUGGAUACCAGAGAGCGGAAAGCGCGAAGAAGAGGCGGAUGAUACAAGUAAUAGAGCCUGGAGAUCUUCCUGUGGAUUCAAGCAAACCAGGAGGAGGAAGAAGAAGAAGGCUACCAGCGUUUCCAAAAUCCGAGGUUGCAGGGACGACAAUGGCGGACGCAAAGAGGUCGCUGGAUUACUGGAGGAAGUUCUUCGGCAGCGCAAAAACUGACAUUUUUGAGUUGAUCGAGAAAGCCAUCGUCUUGGCAGCGGUGGAUCGCCCGAAUGAGUUUAAGGAGAAGAAAGAUAUGAUUGCAGAGAAGCUCCAGAAUUCCAACAAUGGCGAUGAUGAUCCCAGGAAGGAGGAGGAGGAGAAAAAUAGCUAUAAUUGUGAGAAUCCCCAAGAGAUUCAGAUAGAUAAAGAGGUGAUGAGGAUAAAAAAGGUUCUUUGCAACGGCUCUGGGUCUGAUGAAGUCUUGUAUGAAGCUCUGAAGACUCUGCAACUCAUGGAAAUGUCUGUCGAAACUCUGAAAAGGACUGAUAUUGGAAGAAUGGUGAAUGCUCUGCGCAAACAUAGCUCUGUUCAUAUUCGAGACCUCGUUCUGAAUCUCGUUAAUGGCUGGAAGCUUUUGGUGGAUCAAUGGGUUAAAUCCACAGCUGAAUCUACGGUGCCAAUUUCUGAAGAAAAGGCAGGUAGCCAUUCUUCUUCUGGAGCAAAGAGAAAGCAGGUGGAGGAAGUUGAAGAUAUGUCGAGGUUGGAGAUUGCGAAGAAGAAGCUUCAUGAUGGAUACCAGAGAGCGGAAAGCGCGAAGAAGAGGCGGAUGAUACAAGAGGAGGAAGAAGAAGAAGGCUACCAGCGUUCUGAUUCAGUUCUGAUUCAGAUUUGUUCUGCUUUUGGAUCGAAGCAGUCCGAGCUUGCAGGGACGACAAUGGCGGACGCAAAGAGGUCGCUGGAUUACUGGAGGAAGUUCUUCGGCAGCGCAAAAACUGACAUUUUUGAGUUGAUCGAGAAAGCCAUCGUCUUGGCAGCGGUGGAUCGCCCGAAUGAGUUUAAGGAGAAGAAAGAUAUGAUUGCAGAGAAGCUCCAGAAUUCCAACAAUGGCGAUGAUGAUCCCAGGAAGGAGGUGGAGGAGAAAAAUGGCUAUAAUUGUGAGAAUCCCCAAGAGAUUCAGAUAGAUAAAGAGGUGAUGAGGAUAAAGCAGGUUCUUUGCAGCGGCUCUGGUUCUGAUGAAGUCUUGUAUGAAGCUCUGAAGACUCUGCAACUCAUGGAAAUGUCUGUCGAAACUCUGAAAAGGACUGAAAUUGGAAGAAUGGUGAAUGCUCUGCGCAAACAUAGCUCUGUUCAUAUUCGAAACCUUGUUCUGAAUCUCGUUAAUGGAUGGAAGCUUUUGGUGGAUCAAUGGGUUAAAUCCACAGCUGAAUCCACGGUGCCAAUUUCUGAAGAAAAGGCAGGUAGCCAUUCUUCUUCUGGAGCAAAGAGAAAGCAGGUGGAGGAAGUUGAAGAUAUGUCGAGGUUGGAGAUUGCGAAGAAGAAGCUUCAUGAUGGAUACCAGAGAGCGGAAAUCGCGAAGAAGAGGCGGAUGAUACAAGUAAUAGAGCCUGGAGAUCUUCCUGUGGAUUCAAGCAAACCAGGAGGAGGAAGAAGAAGAAGGCUACCAGCAUUCUGAUUCAGUUCUGUGCUGAAAAUCUUUCAGAUUUGUUCUGUUUUUGGUUGUUAGUCUUUGUUCAUAGGUUUUUUCUAGAUCUUGUGUGUUGAUGUGUUUGAAGUUAGAGAAAAUAUUAGGUAAGAAGUUCACAUCAUAUAUAUAGAAUCAGCAUGCAUACUGAAUUUGAACAUAUUGCAUAGGGGGGAUGAUGAUAUUUCAUCUGCACUUUUCUUGU